CUCUUCUGUCCUCGGCUGGCUCCUGCAGCCCUCAAGCUGGAGCUGCAGGAGAAGCUGUUCGGGCAGCACCUGGCCACAGAGGUGAUUCUCAGGGCACUGAGGAGCUUCCAGAGCAACAAAGACCCCAAGAAGCCGCUGACUCUCUCCUUGCACGGCUGGGCCGGCACCGGCAAGAACUUUGUGAGCCAGAUAGUGGCUACAAACUUGCACGAGAGAGGCCUGAAGAGCAAGUUCGUCCACCUGUUUGUGUCGACCCUGCACUUCCCUCAUGAGCAGAAAUCACAACUGUACCAGGACCAGCUGCGGAGUUGGAUCCGGGGUAACGUGAGCGCCUGUGCGAACUCGGUGUUCAUCUUCGACGAGAUGGACAAGCUGCACCCCGGGAUCGUUGACUCCAUCACGCCCUUCCUGGACUACUACGAGCAGGUGGACGGCGUGUCUUACCGCAAGGCCAUCUUCAUCUUCCUCAGCAAUGCCGGCGGGGACCUCAUAACGAAGAAGGCCCUGGAGUUCUGGCGGUCAGGACGGAAGAGAGAGGACAUCCAGCUGAGCGACCUGGAGCCCAUGCUGUCUGUGGGCGUCUUCAACAACAAGCACAGCGGCCUGUGGCACAGCAGACUCAUAGACAGGAACCUCAUCGACUACUUCGUCCCCUUCUUGCCCCUGGAGUACACGCACGUGAAGAUGUGUGUGCGGGCGGAGAUGCGCGCCCGUGGCUCCCCCGUGAACGAAGACAUCGUCACCAGGGUCACGGAGGAAAUCACGUUUUUCCCCAAAGAGGAGAAAAUCUACUCAGACAGGGGCUGCAAGACCGUGCAGUCGCGGCUGGACUUUCACUGACCGCCGUCCGAGCCUGCGGGAGGUGCGCGGGGGCUCAGUGAGCCAGGCCCGCCUCUCGGGAGCACUUUGAAGACCCCCCCUCCUCCGGGGUUUGCACAUUUGCACCUGUGGACCCUCAGGAUCUAGGAGUUUCUAAGAGUUGAUUUUUUGAUGAGCCACUAACCUGCCAAGUGCACUUACCACUUUGCAACAUUGUAGCCAUACA